UUUACUAUUUUGAGAGGUCUCGUGAUCUCAGCGUCGUGUGUUUAUGAUCACACGCACAUAAAGCACUUUGAGCACUUUGAGGAGAGCAGCAGAGAGGAGGAUUAGGAGAUGCAGAGUGCAAUAGUAAUUAAUAAAAAUUUUGAUUAGAGACCUUUGUUUGAAUAUUUAACUGUAUCGAGUCCAGUACUAUGACGGAAUCAGAGAAAGAAAAGGAGCCCCUUUUGGGAGCAGUGAACGAAGGAGAUGACGAAGAAGAAGAGGUUUUAGAAGGGUGCGGUGGAACCAUGGCUUGUAAUCCCUACAGACCACUGCAUCGAUAUCUGAUCCUGAUUGUUAUGUGUUUCCUCAGCUUUGGCAGCUACUUCUGCUAUGACAAUCCUGCUGCCCUCCAAGACACAAUGAUAAAAGCCCUGGACAUAUCAGAAAGCACUUUUAUGGGAUUCUAUUCAUGGUACUCCUGGCCAAAUGUGAUCCUCUGUUUCUUUGGCGGCUUCCUCAUUGACCGAGUGUUUGGGGUCAGAAUGGGAGCUAUCAUCUUCUCUUUGUUUGUCACUGCUGGACAGUUGAUAUUUGCUGCUGGUUCUCUCGUUAAUCAUGUAUGGUUGAUGAACCUAGGCAGAUUUGUUUUUGGCAUUGGAGGAGAGUCUUUGUGUGUUGCCCAAAAUACCUAUGCUGUGAAGUGGUUCCAAGGGAAGGAACUAAACAUGGUGUUUGGUUUGCAGCUCAGCUUCUCUAGAGUGGGGAGUACUGUAAAUAUGAACAUAAUGCAGCCCAUUUACCAAUGGAUCACUGGUUUUGGUUUCAAAGAAGACUACACUGAUUUAGGAGUGGUGUUAAUGAUUGGGGCUAUUAUGUGUGUCUUUUCCUUGCUAUGUGCCUUAGCCCUAAGCUUCUUUGAUAAACGAGCUGACAGAAUUCUGAAGAGAUCCAGCGUUGCCUCAGAUGAGGUCAUCAGGAUUACAGAUGUGAAGCACUUUCCCUUGUCGUUUUGGCUCCUGUGUAUUAUUUGUGUUGGGUAUUAUGUAGCAGUCUUUCCAUUCAUUGGUCUAGGAUUGGUCUUCUUUGAGAUGAAAUGGGGCAUGGAGCCAAGUAUAGCAAACAAUGUGAACAGUUUGGUGUAUAUUAUAUCAGCAGUUGCCUCCCCUGUGUUUGGUUUCUUGAUUGAUCGGUCGGGGAGGAAUAUUUUCUGGAUUAUACUGGGGACUAUCGGCACUAUAGGAUGUCAUGCUCUACUGGCCUUCACAUUUCUCAAUCCAUAUGUUGCCAUGUCGUGUAUGGGCCUAGCCUAUUCUAUUCUUGCCAGUGCAUUGUGGCCAUUAGCUUCACAUAUGGUACUAAACAGCCAGUUGGGAACUGCUUAUGGCAUCAUGCAGGCUAUACAGAACUUGGGUCUGGGUGUGGUUGCUGUUGUGGCUGGUGCCAUUGUAGACUCCAGUGGCUACCUCAUCCUGGAAGUCUUCUUCUUAGCAUGUCUUUGUGUGGCCCUUAUAGCUGCUGUGGUAUUAUAUCUAGUGGAUGCAUCUAGAGGUGGAAUGCUGAAUAUGUCUGCAAAAGAAAGAAAGAGAUUGGCUGCACUGAAGGCUGAGAAAGAUGAAGAGAAAAAACUUCUGGAUUGAAUAUGAUGCAGUGUGGAAGUGUUGUAGAAUACCAGUGGGUUAACUCUGAGAUUGGUGACUGCAGGAUGGGAUUGGAAAAACAGGAUGUUUUCAUCAGUGACCUCAUAAAAUACAAAAUUUAACCUAAAGAAACUGUGAUUUAACUGAAAUUUUACAAUUGCAUUUUUUUGCGAUUCUUUGUGCAUUUCAAUGUCAUAAAAGUGCAAUGAUAAGAUACGACUGGGUAGAGUUGAGAUUUAUCAUCAAUUCAGAAGGAUUUUAAAUCCUAACAUGGGUAUUCUAAUAUCAUAAUAUGAAUAUGUACGUGACAAACACAUGAUAAAAAAAAAACUCGGUGAAUCAAGGGACUAAAAUAUCAUGGAUCUGACAUUUGAGUUCUGCUUUGUUCAAUUAUUUUCCAUCUUGUGUUUUUGAAUGGGCAGCCACUUGUUUUAUUCACCAAUAAAUGUGUGAUAUAAUGACCAGUGUUUGUGAAAUUAACUUGUCACUUUCAAAAUGUUUGGUUUACUCCUAUGUACACAAAAACACGUUGUCACAGGAGUGUACAUUGCUUCUCUUUAGGUUGUUUUAACUAGACACAUUUUCUAUACAUUUCUAUAGUAUCAAUAGACUUAUAUUUAGAAAUUUCACAGAAUUUCUCUAUCCCACACUCUAUUUGCCUAGUAUACAAUAAUACUCUUCAUUCAUGUGAAAUACUGGAUAGGUAAAGACUUAUUGUACUGGAAUAAAUUAGACUUGUCAACUUGAUUUUAUACAUCUCUGGAAUUCAUUUUGUGCCCAGUGCAAGUGAUAUUUAUAUAUAUAUAUAUUUUUUUAUAUUAGAACUGUUAUGAAUAAAGUUUAAAGUGUU